CGCGGCACCCGCGGCGGCCGCAGCAGCAGAAACGGCAACCUCCGCAGCUCGUAGUCGCGCGUCUGUCAGAAAGAGGCAGAGACACCUGUGUGGCAUUUGGCUGCUGUCCAGAAACCAGCUUAGCCCUUCAGACUCUCUCCCCAAAAUCUGGGCUCUCCUAACUCCAAGAGUUCUGUUUCCUGUCCUGAUUCUAGAGACUUCCGAGGAGUGAGCUGCCUCUUCGUCGCCUUCCCUGCAUGCUUCUUGGAAAGGGUCAUGGCUUAUGUAAUUGAGGGGCUUGGAUUAAAAGGCCGGCCGUUUGUCUGUUCAAACAUUCAUCACCUAUUAACUGAGCACCUACUCUGCCCCACUCCAGGCCCUCGGAAGCAUGUCCACGGCCAUGUUCUUUGGUGUCCUAGCAACCAGAAACUCUCAUCCGAGAUCUGUGACCAGCACAGAGGCCAUAUUCUCCUGGACUGCUGUGACUCGCAGCCUCUCUGGGUCUCUGAGCACCUGUUUGUGCAGCUUGUGGGUGCACUGAAAGCCGCCACUUGAGCCCAGAGACGCUCAGAACCCCAGCCCAGCCAACGCCCUGGUAGGAUGAGCUUCUCGCUCACCUUCUCCGAGCUGGUCAACAUCGCCAUCCCGCAGUGUGGCGUGUUAAACUUCAAGGCCCUGCACCUCCUGCUGCAUGGCAUCCUGGAGCACAUCCACAUGUCCGAGCUCAAGAAGGCCCUCUCAGGGGACGAGGACUUCCUCCAGUCCUCGCAGACCAUGUUCUUGCCGCGAGAAGGAGACGCCCAACCCAUCCUCAACCCCAUGAAGAGGCUGAGCAACGUCUUUGACCACGUGGUGAGCCGCAUCGACCAGAUGGAGAGCCAGCUGACCAUGCUACAGGAACUACCCUCCACCUCUGAGCUGCUGCAGGCCAGUGAAGGGACCAGCCGACCCGCCCAGGAACUGUGGCAGCUGAUAAAGCUCCGAAAGAUGGUGGAGGGCAAUGAAGAAGCCACAGAAAAGUCUAUGAAGACCCUGCAGGAUUUGCUCACUGACGUUCAUGCACUCAAGGUCACCAUUGAAACCCUCAGGAAGGAUUUGGACAUACUGAAGAAAAUGUUUGAUAAGAUACGUGCGGAAAGAAUAGGCACUUUCUUUGAAGAUUUGAAAAGGCAGAACCAGAAGAUGAAUGAGCUGCAGCAGGGAUUGAUUACUCUCCAGAAAGAGAUUCUUGCCAUCCCCAAAACUGAGGACAUGGUACUCUGGAGCAGCCUCCACGAGGCCAUGUUCACCCCGGGAACUUUUCCACAGAGAGCAGUUCCACUACGGCAGAAGGAUUCUGAGCGGUGGCAAGCUAAAGAGCAGCUCCCAGAAACCGACCUUCCCCAGACCACCAAGCACCUCGGAAGUGAUGGCCACAGCCAGGUCUCAGAGGCUGUCCCCAAGCCCCUGGAGAUUGUCUGGCAUUACCAGGUUCCAGAGCAACUGCAGCAGGAGGAGCCUACCCAGGCAGUUCCAUUCACAGGGCCCCAGGGGCUGGGCCAGCCUCAGGUGCUCAAGCCUGGGCCAGCAUCCAAGCCUAAGCCUGCACCUGGACCUGGGCCUGAUUCCGUGCUGGGGCCAGAGCCUAAGCCCAUGCCUGCACUGGGGUCCACGCUGGGACCCAGUCUGACACCUGGGCUCACGCAAGCACGUGGGCCUGUGUUCCAACCUGGGCCUGUCCCCGGACCUGGGCCUGUCCCCGGACCUGGGCCUGCCCCCAGACCUGCACCUGACCUUGGGCCUGCCCCCGGAGCUGGGCCUGUCCCCGGACCUGGAUCUGACCUUGGGCCUGCCCCCGGACCUGGGCCUGUCCCCAGACCUGGGCCUGUCCCCGGACCUGGACCUGACCCUGGACCUGCCACCAGACCUGGGCCUGACCUUGGGCCUGUCCCCAGACCUGGACCUGCCCCCAGAUCUGGGCCUAUCCCCGGACCUGGACCUGACCUUGGGCCUCCCCCUGGACAUGGACCUAUGUAUGGACCUGGGCCUUUCUACGGACUUGGGCCUGCCCCUGGACCUGGACCUGACCUUGGGUCUGCCCCUGGACCUGGGCCUAUAUAUGGACCUGGGCCUUUGUACGGACCUGGGCCUGCCCCUGGACCUGGACCUAUAUAUGCACCUGGGUCUUUGUAUGGACCUGGACCUGACCUUGGGUCUGCCCCCAGACCUGGGUCUUUGUACGGACCUAGGCCUGCCCCUGGACCUGGGUAUGACCUAGGCCCUCAGCCCAAACCACCAGGAUUCUGGCCUAUGCCUCCAAGAGGCUGGCCUCCUUCCAGAGGCUGGCCCAGACCUAGCACUAGGCCUUUCUGGGGCUUAGACUACUUCCAGCAUGACCCAGGCCUAUCGGGCCCCCUGCCUGCUCAGCUCCAGGAUUUCAGAGCCAUACAACCAGCCACAGAGCUCACCUCGGCGUGGCCUCGUCUACGGCAGUCACAGUCUCGCCAGGAAGAGAUGCACCAGCCCCCAGCUGUCUCAGAAAAUAGGGAAGAUUAUUUACAAUACAUGAAUAUCCUUCAGGACAGAGCCCCCAGGGCUGAGGCCCCCAAGGAAGAACCCCAUAGCAGUCCCCAUUCUGCCCUUCGGCACAUGAAAACCACUGCUGUCAUUGCAGCCGCCGCCGCUGCCGCCUAUGCAUCUGCCACGACUUCAGCAACCCAGGCAGCCGAGAUUGUCAAGGAUGCCCCUGCCACCAAAUUGGCUACCUUAGCAACGACCAUGGCUACAUCUGGCCCCUUAGGGGUCUCUGCAGACAUUGUGGGUGCAGGCUCUUUCCGUGGGGCCACAGCCCCCGUGGCCUUCACCGAUGACACCAAGAUGGACUAUGAAGACUUCUCUUCUUCACAUGCUGCUGCUGUCGUCCCUCCUGAUAUGGCCCUGUCCCAGGCCAUGAUGGCCGCCAAACAGGCUGCGACCCCUGAAGACAAGAAGAAGGCCGUCAGGUAUUCCAUGAGCCACAUAGCCCAGAUGCCCAUUAGGCACGACUCCCUGCAAGAAGAGUUUGCCCAGCUGUCAACCAACCUGCAACAGCGCUUGACUUACCUAGCUAAUAUGGGAGCCUCUUCCAAGCUUGAGAGAACAGUGGACACAUUGCAAGAAAAGAUUGUCAGGCUCCAGAAAUCCAGGAUGCAGGAGGAGGAACUCAAGAGAAUUUGGGGGCACCAGAUAGCAGUGAUAAAGAAGCAUCACAUCGUGCUGGACAGGGCAGUGGAAAAGGUCCAGAUUCGCCUGGAUGAGUUAAAGAUUCUACAGGCUCAAAUAAAAGACCUAGAAAUGUACAAGGCAGACAAAAGUGUGAUGGAGCAGGAGCUGAAAGAGAAAGCCGACAAGAACACCGUGGCCAGCAAGGCAAGCCGGGUUGACCUGGAGACGGUGGCAAUGGAGCUGAACGAGGUGAUUCAGGGCAUACUAAUCAGGGUCCUGUCCCACGAGAAUGACUACAAGAAGGUUGUGGAGCAGCUCCGCAAGGAUCUGGACACCAAGGCACCUCAUCACCAUCCGCAGAGCCCACCUGCUGUCUCAGCUGCGGCCUGCCACUGCCAACAGCUACGAGUACCUGCAGUGGCAACAAAUGAGGUGAGCAGGCUGAGCAUCUGCCCCACGGUGGUCACUCAGGACUCCAGAGCCCUGCAGAAAUGUAAACUCCAGUCCCAGGAUCCAAAGACUGACCCAAGGCACCGCCAGACAUCUGCAAGGGAGACGUUCCAGGAGGUGGCUGGGGCAGCAGAGGGGCACAGGAGAUGAUCAUGGGAGGGGAAUGGACAUUUUUAUUGGGCAUCUAUUAUGGGUAGGGAGGGUUUCUCAUUGAAAUUUCACGACCCCCUCCGGGCUAGGAUUAAUAUGCCCGCUUCCCGCUGGAGGACGUAAGUAAGUAUGGUGGGUCCUCCGUGAGGCUUGCUGUGGCUGGGCAGACAUUGCGCUAAGCAUUUUGACAUACCUGACCUCAUUAAAUCCUUACACCUGCCCUUUGAGGUGUAUGCUGUUAUCAUCCUGUUUCACAGUUGAAGAUAUUGAGGCUCAGAGAAUUUAAGUGACCUGCCCAAGGUCAUAGGCAGUGAGUGGCAGAGCUGGUACCUAAACCUGAGGGUUUCCACUGGGCACAGCUGGCACCCCGGGUCCCAGCUCCACCCCUCACCCUUCUGAUAUCCCCCAGCUUCCAACAGGGAAUACAUGACAAAACAGUAACCACAGCCACAUGAAGGCGAGGGACAUGGGAACCUGUGCCCCAAAUGUCUUCACUUCCCUUGCCCGACUCCUGGAGAUGAAGAGGCUAAGAGCAUGCACUUGGCAGGCCAGACCAGGCCUCCAGGGGUGGCUAGAUUCUAGGGGAACGAGCCAUUUUUCCCUCUGCCCCACUGUGCCUGUUCGUGUCCACCCACCAGGCCCCAGGCCUGCCUGGCUGCACCAUCAAACUCAGCUGGAAGAAAUUCCCUUCCUCAGGGCCCAUCCUGAGUCUCCUCUGGGCAGAGGUGUCUCCAGGUGGCUGUUGACCCUACUGCCCUGCCCCAGGGAACAGCACAGGCUACAGCAACUC